CGGAGGUCCAUACCCCUCGUCAACAUGAUGGGACCACCAGGAAUACCGCCUCAUUACCCACCCCUCGGGAUGCCUCCCAUGGGACAGCGUCCGCCCAGCAUGACUCCUAUGCCUCCUGGUAUAAUGCCACCAAUGGGGGCCCCACCAAUGGGACAGAUGCCAGGCAUGAUGCCUCCCAUGAUGCCAGGGAUGAUGAUGCCCCCUCGCAUGCCAUCUGCGGCUGUACAGCCAACGGGACCGCCUGGUGUUGACUCCGCAGCUGCUGCACCUGGAACAGCUAGUACCACAAAUGGAUCUCCACAUGAAGAUCAGUUAAAGAAGAAGUCCCUGUGGACAGAACACAAAUCUCUGGAUGGGAAGACCUAUUUUUACAAUACAGAAACCAAGCAGUCCACAUGGGAGAAACCGGAAGAUCUCAAAUCUCCUGCAGAGCAAAUGCUGUCUAAAUGCCCCUGGAAGGAGUACAAGUCGGACGUAGGGAAGCCUUACUAUUACAACUCUCAGACGAAGGAGUCCAGAUGGACCAAACCCAAAGACCUGGAGGAUCUGGAAGCUAUGAUCAAAGCAGAGGAGAAUGGCACGGCAGAGGCCAUGGCUCCUGGCACCACAGCAGCUCCUGCAGAUAAUGCAGCCGCUAUGGCAACCGUAAUGGAGGUGGAAGCUGCAACAGCGGUCUCAGAGGAGCUAUUGGCUCAGGCUGCCAUGCAUCAAACAGCUGAGGUCAAGACUUCAGACGCACAUGUGGCUCCCUCUGAGCUCUCCGCCACCACAGAGCUCACAGCCAGCGUUGAAGUCAUAAAAGAAGAACGGCCAGAGCUUCAGAAGAAAACGUACAAAUGGAACACGAAAGAGGAAGCCAAGCAGGCGUUCAAAGAGCUGCUGAAGGAGAAGGGUGUGUCCUCAAACUCCUCCUGGGAACAGGCUAUGAAAAUGAUUAUCAAUGAUCCUCGCUACAGCGCACUUCCCAAACUGAGUGAGAAGAAACAGGCAUUCAAUGCCUACAAAGUCCAAACGGAGAAGGAAGAGAAGGAAGAGGCCAGGAUUAAAUACAAGGAGUCCAAAGAGACCUUCCAGAGGUUCUUGGAGAACCACGACAAGAUGACUUCCACCACCAGAUACAAGAAAGCAGAACAGAUGUUCAAUGAGCAGGAGGUGUGGAGCUGCGUACCGGAGAGAGACAGGCUGGAGAUCUACGAAGACGUUCUGUUCUACCUCGCUAAGAAGGAGAAGGAGCAAGCCAAGCAGUUGAGAAAGAGAAACUGGGAAGCUCUGAAGAACAUUCUAGACAACAUGGCCAACGUGACAUACAGCACCACCUGGUCGGAGGCGCAGCAGUACCUGCUGGACAACCCCACCUUCGCUGAGGACGAGGAGCUGCAGAAUAUGGACAAAGAGGACGCCCUCAUUUGUUUUGAGGAGCACAUCCGGGCGCUGGAGAAGGAGGAAGAGGAGGAGAAACAGAAGACUCUUCUCAGGGAGAGGAGACGACAGCGCAAGAACAGAGAGUCUUUCCAGAAAUUCCUGGACGAGCUCCACGACCACGGUCAUCUCCACUCCAUGUCCGCCUGGAUGGAGAUGUACCCGACCCUGAGCUCUGACAUCCGCUUCGCCAACAUGCUGGGCCAGCCGGGCUCCACUCCCCUAGAUCUGUUCAAAUUCUAUGUGGAAGACUUAAAGGCGCGCUACCAUGACGAGAAGAGGAUCAUCAAAGAUAUUCUGAAGGACAAAGGCUUCCUGGUGGAGGUGAACACCAGCUUCGAGGACUUUGGCUCCGUCAUCAGCUCAGACAAGAGAGCCACCACGCUGGACGCAGGGAACAUCAAGCUGGCUUUCAACAGUUUACUGGAGAAGGCUGAAGCCAGAGAGAGGGAGCGAGAGAAGGAGGAGGCCAGGAAGAUGAAGAGGAAAGAAGCAACCUUCAAAAACAUGCUGAAGCUGGCCACCCCCCCCCUGGAGCCCGAGACCACAUGGGAGGGAGUCCGAGACAGAUUCCUGAAGGACUCUGCGUUCGAAGACGUGACUCUGGAGUCGGAGAGGAAGAGGAUAUUCAAAGACUUCAUGCAUGUCUUAGAGCAUGAAUGCCAACACCACCACUCCAAGACAAAGAAGCACUCUAAGAAGUCCAAGAAGCACCACAGGAAGCGCUCCCGCUCUCGAUCGGGCGGCUCAGAGUCUGAGGACGAUGAAUACCACAAGAAGAAAAAGAGGUCGCAGUCCAAGUCUCCUUCUGAGCGCUCGUCUUCUGGAGAAUCUGAGAGAAGCUACAAGAAAUCCAAGAAGCACAAGAAGAAGGGAAAGAAGAGGCGCCACAAGUCUGGAUCGCCAGACACUGACACUGAGAAGAAAGGGAGAGAGCGCGACGGGAAGCGGGAGAAGGACUUGGAGAAAGAUAAAGAGAACGACAAGUCCCGAGGGAAACCUCGCUCGGACUCUAAACAGAAGUCCCCUAAAAGAAAACCAGUUAAGGAGGAGGGCGGCUGGGAUACGUCAGGCAGCGAGCUGAGUGAAGGAGAGCUGGAGAAGAGGAGGAGAACUUUACUGGAGCAGCUGGAUGCCCCCUGAUGAUCACAUGUCAUUGUAUUGGUACACUUACAACAUGCAUUCCCCUCCGAGCUCCUGACUGUCCGGGGACUGAGUGGUUGCAUCGCUCUCCGGUAUUUAUGGGGUGUGCGAAACUGAGCUUAAGCUUAUUUGGUGACUAAUUUGAGUUCAGGAAACUGAUCAGCUGAUCAACCUUUCAUUGUCAGGUUGUCUUUUUGUUGCUUUCGUUAGUUGUUUUUUUUAGUUGACUGUAGCUGUACAUGUUUUUCAUUGCCAAUCAUUUUUAUACUCAAUUAAAAGUAUAUCCUGAAUGUCACACUGACUGUUCUUCGCCUGGAGAAGUAGUGGUAGAAGGAAUAGUUCUAGGACAACAUGUCUUUCAUAAUCUCUUAUUCAUCCUCAGAGAUAAUUAAACCGUUUUUUUUAUCUGGUCUUAACUGCAGCGGAGUUGUCCAUUAAGGUUUUAAUGGGAGUGUCUGUUCAAAUGGAAAUAGUCGUGAAAUGCAAUAAAAUACUGGUUCAAUGAU